UUUUGGCAGGCGGCGGCGGCCAUAUUUGUUGUGGGCGAGCGGUGUUCCAAGCCUGGGUAUAGGAAUGCUCUGGCUGUGGGCGCGCAGUGCUGGAGAGUCCUGGCCACACGGCAGACGGUGAGAGCUCGGGGCUGGAGGAUGGCGCCCAGUGCCCGGGUCAUAAAGCUCGGUCGCCGCUACAAGUACCUAGCCGCCGCCGCCCUGGCUCUGCUGUUGGUCCAGGGCCUGGUGGUGUGGAGCUUCAGCGCCCUGGAGGAGGAUGAGGCUGACGGGAACAUUCAGCAGAGGAAAAGUAGAAGCUCAGAUAAAACGGAGCACUCCAAGGACCCUGGUAAUUCUGCAGGGCGCAGGUCUUGGAGGCCAAGAGGAAAGGCAGGGAGGUCAGGCAGCGAGGCAGCCAGAACGGCGAGAGAGGCUAAUCCGAGGUCCAAGCUGAGCACGCGUCUCCAUGUCCCCCAGGAAACCUGGCACAACCUGACCAGAGACAGCGACACGGGCAGCGUAGAGGGACCUCACCCCAAGGAUGGAGUCUUCACCCCAAUGUGUGACGUCAAAGGGAAAGACGCCCUGUCCGCUCUCUCCAGAGCCACCACCAAGAAGUGUCAGCAGGAAAUCUCCAACAUGGUCUGUCUGCACCAGCUCGGGCAGCUCAUGCCCAAGAGUUUACCCCGUUAUUGCCAAACCACAGGUAAAAUAACCUCUGGCUUACAGUGGGAGGAGUCAGAUGUUGGAGCCCCACCUCCUGAGAAACCUCUUCGUAUUGUUUACAUGCUUGUUGUACACGGGAGAGCAAUGCGGCAACUGAGACGUCUCAUCAAAGCCAUUUACCACAAAGACCACUUUUACUACAUCCAUGUAGAUCAGCGUUCGAAUUACCUUCAUGGUGAGGUUGUCCAGUUGGCACAGCAUUUUACAAACAUUCGUGUUACCCCGUGGCGCAUGAUCACUAUCUGGGGCGGAGCCAGUCUUCUUACCAUGUAUUUGCGCGGCAUGCAGGAUCUGCUUGAGAUACCCGACUGGCCCUGGGACUUCUUCAUCAACUUAAGUGCCACUGACUACCCGACCAGGACCAAUGAGGAGCUGGUUCUCUUUCUAUCAAAAUACAAAGAAAAGAACUUCCUUAAAUCUCACGGCCGUGACAAUGCUAGGUUCAUUAAGAAGCAAGGUCUAGAUCGCCUCUUCCAUGAAUGUGACUCACACAUGUGGCGCCUUGGUGAGCGGCAAAUACCAGAGGGCAUUGUGGUAGAUGGCGGCUCCGAUUGGUUUGCUUUGACCCGCAAGUUUGUGAACUAUGUGACGUACACGCAGGAUUUCCUGGUGUCGGAGUUGAGGCGAUUCUACAAGUACACUCUGCUGCCUGCUGAGUCCUUCUUUCACACGGUCCUAGAGAACAGUCACGACUGCGACACUCUUGUCGACAAUAACCUGCGAGUGACUAACUGGAACAGGAAGCUGGGUUGCCGCUGUCAGUACAAACACAUCGUAGACUGGUGCGGCUGUUCUCCCAACGACUUCAAACCACAGGAUGUUGUGCGUCUGCAGCAGCUCUCAAGGCCAACUUUUUUUGCCAGGAAGUUUGAGUCUGCAGUGAAUCAAGAGGUCCUGGAUAUUUUGGAUGCUCACCUGUUUGGAGAGCCAGCUCCCGGGACUCUGGGUCUCAAAGGUUAUUGGGAGAAUGUAUACCACAGUAUGGAGGGACAGGGAGCUCUUACAGACGUCACUAUGACUGCAUAUGCAUCGUUUACACGUUUAGCCAUGCGAGAGCUGCAAAAUCCCGAGCAGCUGAACAAAAAGAGAUCCUGCAGCUACACUUCAGAUGGUUUCCCCUCUGCUGUUGAGGUCUACUUCUAUGAUGACCACUUCCAAGGCUAUCUAGUUACCCAGAAGGUUUAUCCCAGUUCAGCACUGGAGUUCUGGAUGAUUCCACGAGGCAGUUUCAGAAUAAUUGAUCAGACCGGAGCCGCUAAUCGCAUCCAGAGCGUGGAGGUGGGCACCGAAUGGGACCCCAAGGAGAGGAUCUUCCGUAAUUUCGGAGGCCUGAUCGGUCCGAUGGAUGAGCCCGUGGCCGUUCAGAAAUGGAGCCAUGGAGUGAAUGUGACGGUUACCGUAGUCUGGAUUGAUCCAACGUACAUCAUCGCUGCCUCCUACGACAUCUCGGUUGAGUCGGAGGCAGAUUUCACACAGUACAAGCCGCCUCUGUCGCGCCCCCUGCGCCCCGGCGUGUGGAAGGUCCGCUUACUGCAUUUCUGGGAGCUGCUGGCGGAAGUCAAAUUCCUUGUGAUACCGCUGACGCAUCGAAAUAAGGAACCGCUGCAGGGAGGUGACCGCUGGCUGCAUGCUGGCCCACCUCGGGGUCAGUACAUGGAGCAAAACUUUCAAGCAUUGAGCGGAAUCCUAAGUGUUCCCCCCCGGGCCGAAGUGGAACAGGAGGCCGACCACAGAUCCGAACUGCUGGGCAAGGAUCUGGAGAAAUGGACAGACGAUGGUUUAAGCAGCUUUUGGUCUGUCGGAGGUGUUUGCGCCAAGACUGCUUACUCGUUUUGCCCUUCAAUUCCCAUCUGUUCCGACACACACUGGAGUUCCUUGUCUCCGGACCCAAAGUCUGAGCUAGGGACUGUCAGAACCGAUGGACGCUUAAGGUAGCAGAAAUUCCCAGCACAGUUGCGGACUGUGGGACAAGUUGUGUGUUUUUGCCUGUGACCGAUCUGUGGAUACAGCAAAGGCUUCGAGCUGUUUUCUUGCCUGGUAUGACAUUGACAAGGAAGUUGAAUCUGUUUACAUGGUAGUUCUGUUCUUUGAAGGCCUAAUAAAGGUCACUUGACAUUCCUCAUCAUUUCCGAUUAGCUCGCCGGAGCGUGCCAAGCUGGUCCAGCACCCCCCCCCCCCAUGGGGGCCAAAUAGUUUUCUGGCUGGGGAUGCAUCUGCUGCUAUGAAACAGAUCCGAAAUGACCAAAUAAAUAAAUGGGGCGGACACUACUACUCCUGAAGGGGGCUGGUUCCUCAGAUGGAUGACUUUCACUUUUGGACUUGUACUGUGGAGCAGAGA